CCUUCUUCCAAGCCGGCUGACCUUUCAGGGAUCCAUUCAUCAGAGAAUAUCCAAAGCUACAGCACAACCUGCACAGCCUGCACAGCCUGCACAACAGCAGUAUUUUUUCUUCUUCUAAUUAAACAGGUUGUGUAUUACGUCACAGAAGCUCUUCACACUUUGGAGGGAUUAUUAAACUAUUUAAUUAAUUUAUUCUUUAAUUUAGAUAUUUUAUACAAAGCUUUUUGGACUGUGAAUUAAGAAGAGAUCACAUUAGGACCCUUUACCGGUUAUUUGUGCAUUUUUGGAUAACCGGCAUGAUGAUGCUUUCAUUAAGGCUGUUACUUUUGGCUUGGAGUGGUACACUUUGCUUCGUACCGUUGGCGUGGACUGGUGUGAUGGAAAGCUUGUCACAACAAAACCAAGUUUUUUCAGAAGAAUUUGAAGAUGCACAGUUGGAGGAAGAAGUAGACAAUCAGGAGAACGUUUUAACCCAGCUCCUAGGUGACUAUGACAAAGUGAAGACUCUCUCAGAGGGCCCGGAUUGCCGCUGUAAAUGUGUGGUCAGGCCUUUGAGCAGGAGCGCCUGCAGGCGUAUUGAAGAAGGGACUGGAAAGCUUGAGGAUUUCUACACAGUGGAGACAGUGACCUCAGGACCCAAUUGUAAGAAGUGCGCCUGCAUCGCCCCUCCGUCUGCCCUCAAUCCCUGCGAAGGAGACUUCAGGUUUAAGAAGCUCCAAGAGGCUGGGAAAGAUGAUGUCAAGCUUUCCACCAUCAUGGACUUGCUUGAGGGGGCUUUGUAUGGGAUGGAUCUGCUAAAAUUGCACUCAGUCACCACUAAACUCCUGGCACGUGUGGAAAACAUAGAAAAGUCAUUUUCCAGAAAUGUGACAAAGGAGCAAGGGAGCGUGAAAGGAGAGAAAGAGCAAGGGAAGGACUCACGUGACCACCAUCACCUGGAGAAGAAAAGACGUUUGAGCGAGCUGGAGCCCUCACUGCAGAAUAAAGUCGCUGCAGCUUUCUCACACACAGAGAAGAAGUACGAAGAGAGGUUUGUAGGGAGCCAGGACUCCAGCAGGCAACUGAAGAGGAGUCAUGUUGAAGACUCUGAGGAGCAGAAAUCAGUGAAGAGCAAAAUGGGACCAAAUGGGAUGAACAUCCGGAGCAUGACCUUCUAUAAGGCAGAUACUGAAGAGGACGAUGAUGGAGAACAGAUCAGACCAGAUGAUGUGCUGAGUGGUGACGGUUCAGUGGAUUUAAUAAUAGAAGACCAGAUCCCCAAACAACAGGACACUCAAUCCUCAGACCCUCACACUACAGCCACCAUGGCACCAACACCGAACAGAGAAACCACCACAAACGUGCUAACCAUCACAAAGCAGCCUAAACAGGAGUCUUGGGAAACUGAGAGGAUGAUUACAACCAGCACAGCAACGCCACUGUCCUUAACAACCUUCUCCACCACCACCACCACCACCACUACCACACAGCUGGCGACCACCAACAGAUCAACAUCCAUCUCUGCUCCUCCUAAAGCUCCAAAACCACAGCACAACUCCACAUCUGCAGCAAGAAAACACACAGUGAAAUCUCGACUCAGCUGGGACGAAGAAUCUGUAGUCAAUACAGACUCACCAAAGAAUUCUGGUGUAUGCAAGGACACAUUAGCAACUAUUGCUGACCCGGUGACUCACAAUACUUAUGGCCGCAAUGAAGGCGCCUGGAUGAAGGAUCCAAAAGGCAAUGGCAAUGUCAUUUAUGUCACAAGCUACUACUAUGGCAGCAAUCUACUGGAAUUCCGUGAUAUGGAUACAUUCAAGCAAGGGCACAUCAGCCACUCCUACAAACUCCCCUACAACUGGAUCGGCACGGGUCAUGUGGUGUACAACGGCGCCUUCUACUAUAACCGGGCGUUUUCCCAUGACAUCAUCAAAUAUGACCUGCGUCUGCGUUACGUGGCGGCUUGGACCACGCUGCAUGAUGCCAUGUUUGAGCACGAGGAUGAGGAGGCACCCUGGAGCUUUAGGGGACACUCUGACGUUGACUUUGCUGUGGAUGAGAGUGGCCUGUGGCUGGUUUAUCCAGCUCUAGAUGAAGAAGGCUUCCACCAGGAAGUGAUUAUUCUGAGCAAACUCAAUCCUUCUGAUCUGCAGAAGGAGACCACAUGGAGGACGGGCCUGAGGAGAAACAGCUACGGGAACAGCUUUGUCAUCUGUGGUGUCCUGUAUGCUGUGGACAGCUAUGAGCGCAUAAACGCCACCAUUAGCUAUGCUUUUGAUACGCACACACACACUCAGAUGGUGCCACGCCUGCCCUUCGUGAACAACUACACUUAUACCACACAAAUUGACUAUAACCCAAAGGACCGCACGCUCUACGCCUGGGACAACGGCCAUCAAGUGACCUAUGAAGUCAUAUUUGCCUAUUAAUUACUGUAUGAGAUGAUAUCUAGAUCAUAACUAGAUAACUGUUCUGCACUUUCUGUAAAAUAAUUACAAGACUCAGUGGAUUGUAGAUCAG